AUGACCCCUGGACCAGGACUCCUGGAUGAAGUUCCACAGACCAGGACCCCUGGACCAGGUUCCCUGGACCAGAACCCCCAGACCAGGUUCUCGGGACCAGGAUCCGUGGACCAGAACCUGGAUGAGGUUCCCGAGACCAGGUCCCCUGGACCAGGAUGCCCCGGACCGGGAUCCCCAGAUCAGGUUCCCCAGACCAGGACCCUCCCAGGCCAGGACUCCCCCAGGCCAGGACACCCUGGACCAGGAUGUCCCCAGACCAGAUUUCCUGGACCAGGAUCCCUGGACCAGAACCCCCCCAGGACCAGAACCUCCCAGACCAGAACCCCCAGAUCAGGUUCCCUGGACCAGAACCUCCCGACCAGGACCCCCCCCAGACCAGAACCCCCAAGACCAGGACCCCCAGACCAGGUUCCCUGGACCAGAACCUCCAGACCAGGACCCCCCCGGACCUGA